GCUAGUUUGGAGAAGAUAGGUCGCGGAUACAAGAUGUCUAUGAUUACAGCUACAGCGUGGGUCCCGCGCGGAUUUGCAGCACCGUUUCCAACCAAAUACACUUUCGAUGAGGAUGAAUUCGCACGUAUUGCAGAGCUAGCCAAGAUCCAACUUGACGAUGCGAACGAGGACUUGGAGGAUGCGCGCAAAGAGGCUGCGGAUAGUAAUGGCGCAGAAGAUAUGAAAGAAGAGGAUGGCUCAGACGAUGAAGCUCCUUCUAAGACCUUGAAGUCAAAAGCAGAUGAGGAUGAUGACCUCCAGGAAUAUGACCUCGAGCAUUAUGACGAUGAUGUGGAAAAGGACAAAGAAGAUGAGGGUAUGGGUAUGGGCAUGUUUGGAAACGUCAAGUCGCUUGCGUAUCAUGCUUCCAACGAAGACGAUCCGUAUAUCACCAUGAAAGAAAACGAGGAGGAAGACGAAGAUCGAGAAGAACUACAAAUUCUGGCAACCGACAAUCUGCUUCUAGCUGCAAAAGUGGAAGAUGAGGUUGCACAUCUCGAGGUCUACGUUUACGAGGAUGAGGCCGACAAUUUGUAUGUGCACCACGACAUUAUGUUGCCAGCAAUACCCCUUUGUGUUGAGUGGUUGGAUCUACCUGUGGGCAAGUCCAAUGUGGAGAAAGACUCGAGAGCAAAUUUCGUGGCGGUUGGAACCUUUGAUCCAGACAUCGAAAUAUGGGAUUUAGAUACCAUUGAUUGCAUGUACCCGAAUGCUAUCCUCGGACAAGGAGGGGACACUGGUUCGGACGGGCUUAAAAAGAAGGAAAAGAAGAAGAAAAAGAAGUCGAAGAAGGCCAAUGUCGAGUUCCACGUUGACGCCGUUUUAUCACUUGCCGCCAACAGACAUCACCGUAACCUCCUGGCCUCUUCGUCAGCCGACAAGACGGUGAAGUUAUGGGAUCUGAACACCACUAAAUGCGCAAAAUCAUACACACACCAUACCGAUAAGGUCUGCUCAAUAGCAUGGCAUCCAAAGGAGUCAACAGUCCUGUUGAGUGGGAGUUAUGACCGAACAGUCGUGGCAGCAGAUAUGAGAGCGCCAGAUGCAAAGGUUCCAAGUUGGGGUGUGGAAAGUGACGUGGAAACAGUUCGAUGGGAUCCACAUGAUCCAAAUUUCUUCUACAUAUCCACAGAGAACGGCAUCAUCCAUUAUCAUGAUGUUAGAAAAGCACCAGCCAGUCCAGCAGCAAGCAAACCUGUGUGGAUAUUGCAAGCACACGAUGAAUCAGUGUCUGCUUUUGAUAUCAACCCAGUCAUCCCUGGUUUUAUGGCAACUGGAUCUACAGACAAGCAAGUCAAGCUUUGGAAUAUCCAACCCUCAGGCCCAUCAAUGGUGGUCUCGAGAGAUCUUGACGUGGGAAAGGUAUUUUCUACUGUAUUUGCACCAGAUGAGGAAGUUGGAUUCAGGCUGGCAGUGGCAGGGAGCAAGGGAAUGAUGCAAAUCUGGGACACUUCCACAAACCCUGCGGUAAGAAGAGCAUUCGCAUCGAGGGUUGCACCAGUUGAAGGAGAAAUUAAGGAGAGGUUAGUCGGGGUAGGAGAGGAUAGCAGUGAAUCAGAAGAAGAGGAAGGUGGGGUCGAAACUGGGGAAGCAAAUGGGGGUGAAGGCUGGGAGUCAAUGGAUGAGGACUGAAAGGUCUGAACGGAAGCAGAAAGUCCAUCGACUGUUCCACAGGCCUCCUACCGUCUUGCAUAGUCUUAUCCAGAGAUCAACGCUACGUCGCCACGAGAGCUCAAGAUCUGAGACAGGGCGUAUGACCUAUAGAUCUGCUGAUGCGACGUCCAUCGUUGCUCAUCUUGCGUAUACCCCAUAUGUUCGGCGAUGCUCCUAUAGCUAUGUCGAACGUGAUGUAUUCUCCGAAAUCGAGGGGUCACAAUAAUUUAAAGGUUCAUGGCAGCACACAUUGAUAAGAAAUGGACUUCCACACGGA